AUGCCAAUGACACUCUCGAAACCCUCGGCAUCUGCCCAGCAGCGCACCUUCUUGAACUUGCGAGGCAAGUUCAGCAAGUCGUCCAUCGAUAAGCGGGCCCCGCACUGGUGCGACGACUCCUACUCUACUCUCGUCCCAUCCGAGACCAGCACCUUGAACGAGUUUGAUCUUGACGCCUACGUCGCUGCGGCCAUGACGGAAACACAAACCCCGAGGCACGCACAGACGCUUGAGGACGACAACAUGGCGUGGUCAAAGCCAGCUCGGAGAGACGAGCCCAAGAAGCGCUCUGCAAAGCACAAACGGGGCACCACUCGGGACGCCGGCUACGCGCAAAACCUCGACGCUGAGAAUACUUCUUGGUAG